AUGGUGGCAAGUUUCGCUGCAGAUGUGGUACAAAAUGGUGGUGUCGUUGUAUCACGAGCCGACGACGGAGCCACGGAUCGAUUCAGCGCCCCCAUUUGGCACAACUCGUACCUCGUAGAUGCGGGCACGAUCCGACACAUCAGCAAGACGGCAGGCGGCGGGCACGCGACUGCCCUGGCAUUUGCUGGGUAUACCCAAGUCCAAGACAUGGUCGCCCUCGGUAGCUCCCCGGCGGAAGUUACAAGGCGGCUCGAGGAACUGCUACCCCAAGCCGUUCCUAUCCGCUGGAUUCGCCAGCUCGAAGCAGUGGUCUGCCCCUUGCACGCUUCGUACCGCAAGCCCCACUUUCCCCGCAUCCCACUACAGCUUGAUCAUGGCUCGUCCGUCUCGGUUGUGAGGUAG